AUGCAGACCAUCUAUGAAGAAGAAUCCUCCAACUCCGGCGCCGAAGCAGACACCGAAGAUGACAACAAUUCAGACAGUACGACCGUUACUCCUUCUAUCACCGACUACAUCUACGAAAAUGGACGCCGCUACCAUCGUUACCGAGAGGGCUCGUAUCCUCUGCCCAACGACGAAACUGAGCAAGAGCGUCUCCAGCUAUGCCAUACCAUCUGGUCGCUGCUCCUAAACGAUGAGCCCUGGAAGGCGCCUUUGAGCCACCCACUAAAAGUGCUUGAUAUAGGCUGUGGAACCGGUGAAUGGGCUGUUAUGGUUGGGGAAAUGUUCCCUUCUGCGACUGUAAUCGGCACUGAUCUAAGCCCUAUUCAGCCUACCUUGGUCCCGCCCAAUGUCAAAUUCUACGUUGAAGACGCAGAGGACGAAUGGACUUUUGACAAAGGGUUUGAUCUUAUCCACGGUCGGAUGCUUGCGGGCAGCAUCGAUGACUGGACAAAGUUCUUUCGUCAAGCAUUUGGGCAGUUGAAGCCGGGUGGGUGGAUUGAGAUGAAUGAGUUUGAGGCUAUGUUUUAUUAUCGUGAUCAGAAUGGAGAGCAGUCCGAUCAGUUGAAUAUGUUGGUGAAGGUUUUUAAUAAGCAGAGCAGCACGGCUUUUGGGAAGGGGUUUAAUGAUGUGUUGCUUAUACCCGAAGCUAUGCGGGACGCUGGAUUUGAGGAUAUUGAUAUGGACAUACAAAGAGUCCCCAUCGGUACUUGGCAUGAAGACACGCACCUACGAGACCUAGGCAAAACAGCGCAUUCCGCUGCUGUACAGUCCAUAGAGCCCUAUAUACUCGCCCUAGGCACCCGAGUUAUGAUGGAUCCAGCCGAGUCUGUUCUAGACAUUGUCCGCGCGACGAGGGAUUCACUUGACAAUCCUGAUUAUCAUCUUUAUGCACAUGCACACUUCAUUUGGGGACGACGGCCGAAAUAUAACUAG